AUGCCGGCCGCGACGGCGACGGCGGCGGCGGCGGCGGAGGAGGAGGUGCGGCUGCUGCGGCUGGAGGAGCAGGCGGAGCACGGCUGCAGCGGCGCCUGGGAGUACCUCUCCCUCGCCCGCAGGCUCCGCGCGCGCCGCCCCGCCCCCGUCCUCCGCCUCGGCCUCGCCCUCCUCAACGACGCGUCCGCCCGCUCCCGCCUCGCCGCUGAACAGUGGACGCACUACGAGCAGGUGGCGGUGGCAGCCAUGGACUGCCAGCGUCUUGACGUAGCAAAGGAUUGUAUCGGAGUCCUCUCAAAGCAGUUUCCUGGCAGCGUGCGGGUUAGUAAGCUCUCGUCUAAAGGUGUGGUGCAUGUGAUGGUCGGAAAGGCCUAUUGCCACGGACUUGCAUGUCAUGCAUAGUGUACUGUAUGGGAAAACAAUUUCCGGAGUUAUGUAGAAUUCGAGCUACUAUGCUACUGCCGUCAUGUGCGUUGUCCAUCACAGCAUUGGCUGCACAUUGCAGUCCGUCCCGAUGAGCUCCAUUGUCGCCUCAUUUGUCUCCUCCAUUCUUGCUUCAUUAAGUUGCUCUGCAACGGCUAUGCGGAGGUUUUAGAAGCAUUAGAUGGAGUUCGCAAAAGGCCAGGUAUGUACAUAGGCCACGUGGAUUGCAUGAUCUGGUAUAUCACAAUGGACUAUCCUUUUAUUUUUUUUCCAUCUUACUAGGUGUUCAAUUUUCUUCCUUUCCUGAUCAUCAUUCUGUUUGGUGUGUUCUAAGUUUAUUACAUAUUGGAUAAUGUUGUCGAUGAAGCUCAAGCAGGUGCACACUAAUUAUUUCUAUAAAUGCCAGAUAUGAAAAGCUAUUGAUGGGAUGAAAAUUGAGGGCAAGAGAUGCCACAUUUGGUCGUCAUUUCUGUGUGGUGUAUGAUAUGAUGAGAUACGCCUAUUGAGUUGAGCUACUCCUAGAUAUGGUCAUAGUGAUUUGUUGAGGGCACCCAAAUAAGUAUCUGUAGUUAAUCAGUCCUAAAGGAAACUAACCUGUCUAUUUGGUAAUGUAAACUGGUUCAGGUUGCACAAGCAUUCCAUUGAAAUGAAGGAGUGUGCUUGUUUUUACAGAUACAAGAUGCUACUCAUAUUUGUGAUUUUUUUUUCUCUUUGGAUAAUGCUUGAUGAUAGCUCAGUUUUUUUGGAAAGUCAUAUGUAAGCUCGGUGGUCGGCGACCACCAAUAAUUGAAUCCAUGUCGGUUUAUUUCCGAAGCUACUACAGAUUUUGAUUCCUCGAUAGAAUUAGAAACUGAAUCAUUUCCCAUCGAUGAUAUGCCACUUUGUCGUUAUUUGUGCAACUUGUACAACUUCAAAAGAAAGCUAUAAUCAAUGCAUAAAUGACCAAGCUUUCUGCUUCUGGAAAUUUUGUUUCCUAGAAAGAAAUUAUCUGUGCUAGCUCGUCACUUCAGCCGGAAUAUGCUACUCAGUUAUUAUUUGCACCAGAGCUGGCCAUUAACAAGAAAGCUAUAUUUUCAUCUGAACUAUAGGUCCUUUGUACUCGUAUUGUUUUGUUGUAGCCUUUUAAAUAUCCGUUCCUACAGGUUAGCAGGCUGCUGGAGUCGUUCCACCUAACACAGAUGCAAAUCAUGGGGACAACAAAAAGCUCUUUGAAGUCUACUUGGCACAGUGCCAUGGUCUCCGGUUCAGAUGAUAAGAGCAUGGAUUGAAUGACUGGCUCAUUCAUCAACAUGUGCAGCAAGAUGAUAAAUACUCAGUUAUAUUUUGGGUUACCUCCUUCAUCUGUUACGUAGAUUGGUUGGUUUGAGUCUAUUCUUCUUACAUUUGUUUUUUGAAAACUGCCUAAGGUUUUAGUUGCUGUAA